GUGGUACCAGCAGCUAUACUUCCCCAAAGUGCCAUGAGAAUCUGGCUCAUCUGUUUUGCUCCAUUCCUCCUUUUGACCUUCUGUACUUCCCAAAAUGGUCCUGGAGAAGGCUGUAGUCGGCUUCCCCCUAUUGAAAAUGGAGAUAUUAUCAACAUGCCCCUGAAACAAUAUGCAUCGGGUGCAACAGUGGAAUACAGAUGCCAAAGCCUUUAUGUAAUGAAAGGCUCUUCAGUGGUGAAUUGCAACAACGGCGAUUGGACAGAAGCACCAGUAUGCCUAGAACCAUGUAUAAUAACUACAGAAGAUAUGGAUCGUUAUAAUAUCCAGCUAAAGUGGAUAAGAAAUCAAAAAAUAUAUUCAGCAUCUGGUGACAGAACGGAAUUUUCCUGUAGAUCGGGUUAUAUACCACAGCCGUCCUCCCCGCCCUUCCGAGCGCUUUGCACAGAAGGCAAAUUGGAGUAUCCUCUCUGUGUGAUAAAUGAAGAAGUGUUCCGACGGGUUUCUUCCACAGUUGUAGGGCUGGGUGGUGCUCUCGAGGGUAUAGCCUGGCAGGACGGCGGCUACGAUGAUCCUGGUGAGCUUCCGGCUUCUUACAUCCAUGGCGAGGUCUACCUGUGA